AUGGCUGCCGCGAUGGAAGAGAGGAACCGUUCACUUAAACAGGCCCUGAUAGAAAGCCUCUCCGCCAUUCUUUCAUCCGAUCAGCAAGCUCGACAAAUGGCUGAAGAGCAGCUUAAACUUCUGGAAGUCACAGAAGGUAAUAAAUGUUUUGAUUACAGAUCUUGUCAAAACCUGAUCGAAGAGAUGUACAUUUCGUGAAAUUGACAUGUAAUGGUUUUACCCGGAGACUGAAGAUGUGCCGCAAAUUUGAAGACAGCUUGAAUUUACAGCACAACCACACUUAGAAAUGCUUUUGGUUUUAUCCACUUUGGAAAUGAUCGACUGUUCCAGUGAAAAACUAAACUUAAAGCUCUAAAAUACAUGCACAUGUAAGCGCUACCUUUUAUGCAGCAAUCAGCAUGACCGUGUAUGAGAUUGCAAAAACUUAAGUUUAUACAUUGUAGUUCCUGUCGCAGAUUUAUCUGUGUAAAGUAAUGGAACAUGUGAAUAAUCUGAUAAUUACGAUUUAAUGAAUGGGAGUCGGAAAGGAUCUUGUUUGAUUGAAAGUGUACUUGAAUCAUUGGGAGACAGACCUCUGUACUGGGAGUUUCGGGUUAAAAAAGAAUUUUACAUGCAGUAAUAAGCUUUAAUAGCAACGCAUGGUUGUAAGAUGAUGGAAUUAUCCUUGCAAUGAUACGAACAGUGAAUAUGGACAAUCAAAGCAGAGGAAUUAAGUCUGAUACAAAUUUAAGAAAUUACAUGUAUUUUUUACUGUAGGCUCAGUUGAGUAAUUUAAUACUUAGUAUAUGUAAUCAAAUGGUGACGAGUGAAAUUAGGGAAUAAUUUCACUUGCGUUUUGUCCAAAUCUUGAUAAUUUAAAGGCUCGGGAAAUUAUUAGGAUUUGGACAAAACGCAAGUGAAAAUAUUCCCUAAUUUUCACAAGUAUACCAUUUGAUUACCUAUUAAUAUCAUGGGUGGUGAGUUACGUUAGCAAUCUUGGAUUUUUGAUAUGUUUAUCCUGGAUCGUAUCGAUCGAGAACUCCAGUCUCUCAAAUGUUUAGACUUUAAAUUUGGCUUAUAAAGUUCAGAAUUUUUCAGACUUUUUCGGCAAAAUACCUGUUAGAAUCCUUCUUGAUGUUCUCGUGUGUGUUCAGGUUUUUUAAAGCAUCUUUUUGUGCCCUGACAUCUUCAUUCACGACAUUUUAAAACUUCGUCGCCAUCUUGACAUUGAGAUGUACGGAAGGGUUGCCAUGGCAAUUUGGUAAUUUCACAUGUGAUUUUUCGUGCCAAAAUUAAGGAGUAAUUUGUCACCUAUGAUAUUAAGUUGGAUACAAGCUUAUCACUACAUAAUUGAGGUCAUGUUAGGGUAAAAUCUGACAAGCGACAACGGUUUUGAAACAGCGACAUAGAUGAAAGGACUAGAUGAAAUGUUGACAAAUGACAUAGAAAUGGGUUAAAUACCCGACAGGGACACGUACUACUCCUCAAAAUGCAGUGAUUUUGUUACAAAUAGUUAUGGUGAGUCCUGGGACUCAUCUUGUGGAAAACCAUGAGUUCCAGUCCAGAACCAUCGAGUCCCUGGAUCUUUUGUAACGACAAAUUAGUUUGCAUCUUUGGCACUUUUUAUGUGUAAGGUAUGCAAGACACAGAGGUAACAAAAUCACUGAAAUGUGAAAUGACCAUUUUUCUGGGUCCAGUGAGUCUACAUAUUAUAGAUACAUUUGUAUGGCCUUUUGUGCCUGAAUUGGAUCUCACUUUUUUAUUUUGAUCUCCUUUUAGAGUUUGGUGUCCAUUUAGCAGAACUAACUGUUGACAGAACGGGUGCUCUUGCUAUUAGACAGGUCAGUUAUUUCAUUCCCUACGUAAAAGCUACAUUAUUCUUGGGUUAAUAUAAACAGGGAAGGGGAAGGCGUAAUAAUGCUUUUGUGGUACAUGUAUUCUAAUUUAUCUUUUUUUUUAACUCUUAAUAAUGCCAGAGACAAGCAUCUUUAAAAAAAUCAAAAGAAACUUAUCUGAAAUUCAAUAUUUUUCAUUGUUGUAUCAUGCAUCCAUGAAUCAGCUUUUGCUUUUCCUAAUUUGAAAUAGAAGUAACCAUUCAGUUGUAGUUAUUUCACUUAUUUGCUGUUUUCAGCUCGCGUCAGUGAUCCUGAAGCAAUAUGUUGAAGCUCACUGGACUGUCAAUGCUGAAAAGUAUAGAGACCCAGAGACAACAGAAGCAGUAAGGGCCAAUUUUUAAAAUAUAUUACCAGUGUGUCCAACCUUGUGAGUAUAUAAAAUCGGGAUUUUCUUUAAUUACUGUUGACUCACACAAUUGCAGAAGGUGUGAGCAACUAGAAAGUUCAGGGGCAUGCUUUCCCCCAAAAUUUUGAAAUCUUGAUGCUCUGGAGCACCAUUUCUAAUGUUCUUAAAGAGAACAAUUUCUAUUUAAAAUGUUGUCUAAGUCAGUUAUCAUUUUUAUGCGUAUUACUGUUUUCAUGACUUCAUGUACAAGGAAAAGUUGAUUGUGUAACUUUUUCCUUUUUGAGGCAAAGGCAGAAAUCCGGCGCCUGCUACCAGAGGGACUUCAAGAGUCAAUAAGUAAAGUCAGGUCUAGUGUGGUAAGGUGCUAUAUUGCUAUAUAUUUUUUAAAAAAGACAAUAAAAAGUAUGUAUGUUGAAGCCAGAUUUUUUCUCCCACGUAUUUGCUUCUAUUACAAUAUACUGCAUUUGCUAUUAAGCAGACACACUUGUUGAGGAGGUUAAAAGAUAAGUGGUAUUACACUCUUUGAUCUUACGACCAUUUCUAAUGACCCUUCAGGCAUAUGCAAUCUCCGCCAUUGCCCAUUGGGAUUGGCCGGAAGCAUGGCCAAAUUUGUUUGGACAUCUGAUGCAGGCAUUAACAAGUGGAGACAGCAAUCUGGUCCAUGGAGCUAUGAGAGUAUUAACAGGUACAUUUUGUGUGUUUACAAGUUUUAGGUUUGGUUUUCAGUUUAUUCUAUUGUGCGUAUUGUCAUCCGCAAGAGAUAUACAUGAAGUGUAAGUAUCUGUUUAGCCUGGUUUAACCAGUGGCAGAGUGAGAGUCAGAGUCAUAACAUGUACUUAAUGUCAGGGCCGUGGGAAACUGUAAGUUUUGUUUCUGAUGUUUGCCCAGGUCCUGAUGUUUCCCUAGGAAAACAAAACCAACUGGUUUCCUGUGGAACCUGGUAUUAUUGGUUUUGUUUUAUUCCUAGACUUUCACUUCCACAACAACAAAGAACAAAGAGAAUCAAAACAAUGUCAUUGCAUAUAAGAACACAAAUUUAAUUGUCAAAACUGCUGAAUGAAUGACUUACAAAGUACUUCCCUUGCUAGUUGCAGUAUCUACAUCUUUUUCCUCCACUAGCUAAAGUAUCUCUUUUUGGAUGGCCUCGAGAAUCAUUCUGUUUUGCUUGAAAUUCCAUAUGUCUGUGUGUUGUUGUGUUCAUUCACAAAAGUGAAAACAGGCAGUGUUUUUCAAUGUUGUUUCCGAGAUUAAUGACACAAUUUUUCGUUUUUGCAGAGUUCUGUCGUGAAGUUUCAGAUAUCCAAAUGCCUCAUGUUGCCCCAUUGAUUCUUCCGGAAAUGUACAAGAUAUUUGUUCAUGCAGAUGUAAGACUCAAGAAUAAAUACACUGUAAUUUAACUGGCUCUGAUGAAUUCCAUGAUUUGGGAGCCAAUUGUAUAAGAUAGACUGAGUCAGCCUUAUAGCUGACAGUAGCCUAUGCACAUUUACAGUAACAGCCUCAUUUGAGUAUUUUAUUGAGUAAUGGGCCUUUCUUGAUUUUUUCCUUGAGAGGUGAGGGUGGCUAUACAAAGGCUAGUUUACAUAGACGGUAGCUAGUGCUGGGGUGAUUUUGUUCAUGAGGUGACUUUUAGCCGUGCACUACACAAACUGUCCUAGCCAAGGAGAAACUCAGCUUGCUCAGCUUUGACAUGAGGGUCUUUUCCAGCAAGUCGGCAAUAGGGCUGGGUUUUUUUUUUGAUAUGGUGCCUGCAAAGGAAAGCUUUUAAUUAUUAUUCCUGGUCGUUGAUAUUUGGUGAAGAAUUGAAGACAUGGUAAGCUGGGCUGUCUAGUGAACAUGAUUUGACGAGCUUCCUUAUUUUCCAGUUUGUUGUAUUGUAGACACUUUGUAUAAAAUUAUGUACUUUGUUCAAGCCUAAAAUAACUGCAUAAAUUUAUUUUUUAGCUAUACAGUAUUAGAACCAGAUCUCGUGCUGCUGACAUUUUUAAUACAUGUGCGUCACUGAUUUGUGCCAUGGCAGAUGAUAAUAUGGUGAGGAUUAAAUAAAUAUAUUGAUAUACAUGUAAUAGCCUCUACUUACUUACUCAAGGGUUAGAGACUGGUGUGCAUGUUGUGCCACUUGUAAGUAAACACAUAUGUAUAUUGUAGAGUGAACAAGGAAUUCAGAUUCAAAUAUGAGGACUAAUAACAUGUACAUGUAUUUGAGCAUCAGGUGCACUGUUCUUCUUGUACAUGUGACCGAGCUCGAUAAUUUGCUCACAAACAGUCAGGGGCACCCAACGCCAAUUUUCGGAAAGUAUCUGUUCAGAAGAUGAUUUGAGAUCUAGAAUUUUUGGAACAUUUUUUGUAAAAUUUCUUGCUUGCCUACCUCUCCUACGAUUUUCACACAUCUAAAAAUUGGCAUAAUUGCCCAUUUUUAACGGAUUUUUACCCUAAAAAGCUCACCCUUUCAUUUUCGGGAGUCUUUUUUCUGGCUGAUAUUUUUGAAAAGGUAAGUUUUGAUCCCUAUAAUUUUCAGAUCUUUAGACUUUCAGCUAGGAAAUCCGAACAGAUGAAAAAUUUUUAGGGGAUAAAAAUAUGCCUAUAUCUACCUUUUAAAUACUAAAAUACGUUUAAUAAUGCUAUGUUUAGGUGGUUUUGAACUAUAUUCUCGUUGGGUGCCCCUGAACAGUGUACGCGGCAUAUUAGACAUGGAACAGUCAUGCAUGGCUUGACCCUCUAAGCCCCUUAAUAUCUACAUACAAAUUCUCUUUACUGAUCUCCAACAUUUUCUAAAGGGCCUAAAGAAAUUAGUGGAGAGAAUUUGUCUUAAGAUCUAAGCAUUUUCCCUAACAUGGGUUAUCAUCUUGAUUCUGUAUUUAUAUUGUCAGAAGAAAAUUGAUCUUGGUUACUCCUAGUACUUCAAGGGUCUAUUACAAAUAAAGAUUCUAAGACCUCUUAUAGCCCUUAGUCCUAAAGACUUCAAAACAAAGACCACAAAGUCAAUGGUACAUGCAUAAUUAACAAUUAUUCCAUAAGUCUUCAUUGGAUAUGAGUUGGCUAUAAUCACCUCAUAUGCAACAAGCGUGAGUGGAAUAAAAAUAUUGUUUUAUUAAAAAUGCCCACAAAAUAUCAAGAAUUCUUCCUGACUUUAUUUGUAAUAACAACCAAUUUUCAGCUUGUUUUUAAUUUUGAGCAGGUGAGUACAGUUACUUAUUUUAUAGUGCCUCAUAUACCAUGAUGACUAAGCCAAUCAGAGCAAAAGAACUGCAUUAUCCAAUGAUUCAGUUUUUAAUAAUAAGCAAUAUUGUAUUUUUUUGGGAAGGGGGGUAGGGGGAAACCAUACAGGUACAUGUAGAGUAACCUGUCAGGCGUGAAUGAAAGAUGUUGAUGUGUAUUCUGAUGCUUUUCAAUGUUUUGUUCUCUCAGAAGUAGAGAAACUGAGUUUCAUUCUUAAUUUUUUCCAGAAUAAUGUAGCUUUAGUGAUUCUCUCCAUGCUCAUCUUUUUCUCUCGUGAGACACUCAUCUCACAAAAAAUGAGAUGAGGCUUGUAACUUACUUUUGAACAGUACUGUGUUAAUAUUUGAUUUUGAUCAACAUUCAUUUCAGGGUAUUGCCAAAAAGAUCCUUUUCCCCAUACUGCCACAGUUCACACAAGCAUUUGUUCAGGUGUUGGCCUUACAGGAAGACAGUCCCACUGUUGAUUGUGGCUUGAAGAUGGAAGUACUUAAGGUUAAAAGAUGAUUUUUGAAACUUUGACACUAUUGAAAGAGAGUUCAGCUAAAAGGUUUAUGAUCCAUCCAGGUCAUCAAUAUUCUUGCAUUAAUAAGUUAUGCUUCAUGUACUUACAAUAACAGAAGAUUUUAAGAUAAAAAAAAUAAAAAAUGGCAUGUUGACAACAGCAUGCUGCCGUUAUCAAGUAUUUAUGACGAUAAUAAUAAUUACAUUGAUGAUAAUAAUAAUAACAACAACAAUAAUAAUAAUAAUAAUAAUAAUAAUAAUAAUAACAAUAAUAAUACUUGUUCAUUGAAAUGCAAAUGUGAGAGACAUGCUGAUACAAUGUGUUAUAAAGGGUCAUUUGCACCAGUUGUUACUGUAAUUGCCUCUUACUAACAGUUACAUGGCUGCUGAAAUUGAAAACCUACAGGGUGUAGAUAAAUGACAUGCCUUAAAAAGCGACUUGGGACUAUUUUGUUAUGGAAAUUACCAGGCCCGACAGCUUUUUGUUUGCUGUGUUUAUGUCUGACCCAUGAUUGAAGUUUUAAUAGUUUUGAAAAAACAAAAAACUGUCAGUUAAAGUAAUCAAUUAGACUGGUUUGUGAACUAGGAUUGGCACAACCAUUUGUUAGGUUUUGAUUUUAAAAUUUGCCUACUGACUCCAAAAGUUAUACAGACUUUUGAGGAAUGGCAUGGGCACAAAGAACAUUGAAAUUCUGUGGACACCUGUAGCAAGACGUUCAUUUUCUAACAUUAUUGUUGUGGUUGUUGUUGUUUUUUUUAAUCAAUUUUUGGUUAAUUUCGAAACCUGGAUUAAAAACUUUCAGGCCCUCACUACUCUGGUAAAAGAGUUUCCCAAGCAAAUGGCUCCACAUCUGAUGGAUAUUUUGCCGCAUAUGUGGAACACAUUAACACAGAGUGCAGAUCGAUAUGUUCGCACAGUUGUCAAUUACACUGAUGAUGCUGAUGAUCCAGUGGAUUCUGAUGGUAGGAAGCAUAAUUAUUUCAAAUUAAGAACUUAAGGUUGCAGAUCACACAUUGCAGUAUAGUGAAAAAUGAUGGAUGACAAGUUAUUCUUUCUCUCUACUCCCUGUAUUUACCAAAACUAAAUUCGUUCCUGGAGUAGGGUCUAACAUGCUUGUAAAAUUGAUUAUUAAGCUUUUCGGCAUUGCCCAUGAAACAAAGGUAUUGUGCUCAAACGAAUGGUCAGCUAAAGGUAUUAUGCACUCGGUUGUGCAUGGCUAAAGUAACACUAGUAUCUCCAGUGAAAGAUUGAACUGCUGUGAAACCUUGCAAAUGGGGAAGCUAGGCUUUCAACCCUGCGAAAAUACUCUGGGCGCUGUUGACACUAGUCUGCCAUUCACCCAUCUCUGAUGAUAACAAAAAAUAAUACCCAAAUUUUGCAUAUCCUUGGGUUUUAUUAAUUUUCUCCUACAUGUAGGUAUUUCAGCAGUCCCAAGGGAAACUGAACACAAUGCUUAUGCAAUUUUUUUUUUGGCGUUAUGGGGGCGGGGCAAACAAGGUGUAUUAUGGGAGAUGUGGAAAUGAGGAAUUUGCUGCACUUUGUAGAAAGCAGGGUUUGGGUAGAAAAAUUGCCAGUCAAUUUUUAAGAUGAAUGCAAUUCAACUUCAGACUCUUUCAAAAAAUAUGAGUAUUAUGCUAAAAAUUCAAGUAAUGGUGGUAUAAACUGUGACUGUUGUCCCUAAGUGAUUGCGCCCAUUCAAUUCAAGAUUGGCUUAUGAUCUGUGAAGGGUUGUCAACCAUUACUCCAUUUAAGAAAAGUAAAACUGACCUCUUAAAACCCAAGGGAUUUAAUCCACGCCCGGCACGUACCUAUAUAGUUGCUUAUGAAAAUUUUCUUUUUCGUUUUUUCUUUUUUUUUAGGAGAAGUGCUCGGAUUUGAGAACCUUGUGUUCAGUGUUUUCGAGUUCAUUCAUGGACUUAUAGAAACCCCCAAAUUUAAGAAAACUGUCAAGAAGUUUUUAGAUGAACUUAUUUACUUCCUGGUGCUGUACAUGCAGAUAACGGAGGAUCAGGUCAGAAUAAUUUUACUGAAGUAUUGUAUGACCCUAUCCCCUGUAAGUCAAGAGUAUGCGGGGGUUGGGGUGAAAAGGGAGGGGAGGGGAGGGGAAGGUUCAAAGCGUCAGAAAUGCAGAUAGGAACGCAAGUGCCUUUUAAUCAAUUGCGAAUCAAAAGGAAUUGUUGGUGAUUGCUGUGCUUUACACUUCUACUCUUUGUGAUUGGAUGAAAAAUCCCUCGCUAAUUUCCUAGCCAAUCAGAAGAAACGAAAACCUACCGCGACUUGCUCGCACUUUUUCCCGCGCUUGGCAGUGAAUGCAUGUAUUCGGUAAUUUCUCAACCAAUCAGAAGAGAGGAAAACCUAUCGCGACUUUCUCGCACUUUUUCCCGCUCUUGUCAGCGGCUGCAUGUCUUUGCUUCGACGUCAGAUUGGCUCAUUUGAAUUUCCUUGCGUAUUGUAAUUGGCCAGUAUUAUUUGGUUUUCUAUUUUAACGCUUUGUGAUUGGAUGGAAAAUCUUGCGCUACAAAAGCAGUCGUGAUUUGCUAUUGUAAAGACUUGCUCUUACGCGCCUGUUUUUACGCACUAGACAUCAAGAAGCAUCAGGUGCUCUUAGGACAUGUAUUUGCUUGGAGACCUGAUUGGUUUACAUGUAUUCAAAUUUCUGCAUGUAUUGUGAUAGGCAGUGUGAAAGAAGAGCCCGCCGAGAAUAUAACUUUACCCAGCCUUACUGUGUUCACUCUUGUCUAAUGAUACAGUAAAACGUGCCACUUGUUUUGCAGCAUUGCUGCUAUACGAGUUGAAAAGCUGUGUUGCACUUUUUACCACCCAUGAAUCAAACCUGUUUUGCAGCAAAACAGAUUGUUGUAGGUUGCGAAAAGUUGUUGGAGUAAGUAGAGAAAAGAUCUUUUUUUUUGCAACAAAAUCUGUACAUGUUGCGUUUCUUUCCGGCCCAAGGCAAACUUGUUUUGCAGUAAGUGACGUAACUAACUCCCGCGUAAUUGUAUCUAAUCAGAAGUCAGUAUUCACGCAACUCGCUACAACCUGAUUUGUUGCAAGAGGGUUUGGACGUCGGUGGUUAAACGCGCAACAUCAGGUUCCAACUUUUUUUUUUUAGCAAUUUUGCAAAACAAGUUGCGCGUUUUUGUUUCCCGCUUUACCGUAGCUUGAGGUUACGACCCACCUAAUAACUAGUCAGCAGUGACACUUGGAUUCGAUGUGUAUCAAGUAAGACUGCACCCCAAUUUUUUUUAAUUAUAAUUUUAAUCCAGGUUCAAGUGUGGACAUCGAACCCAAACCAGUUCGUUGAAGAUGAAGAUGACGACACAUUUUCCUUCUCAGUUCGUAUCGCUGCUCAAGACGUCCUGUUGGUAUGCAACAUUUUGUCCUUUUAACUUGUUUUAAAAUUCUUUUGGUUAAUGGUUUUUCUUCGUACAAGCCGAAUGUUAAAAAGAGGAAGAGGCCCCUGUUGUCCUGUUUCGCGUGGAACGCAAGUAUGAAGUAAAAGGGGCCGAGACUGUGUUAGAAAGGGUAACACUUACAAUAGAAAAAAAAAGCGAGUAAGAACCUGCAUUUUUCCAAGUAAAAGGCUGUUUAGGCUCUUAAGUAGGUUUUCAUUAACUGAACAGAAAAAUACAUUGUAGUUAAGAGUAUUUAGUGGUUUCAGUUGAUUCCCUAUACAAAGUCUGCAUACCAAUACGUUGCCUUUAGAGUGAUAAGGCACCUAUGUCUUCAAAGAGGAUCCUGCAUGUUGACUUAUCUUAUUUGCCCAAGUGUACAAUUUGUUAUAUAUAUGUAUAGAUUUUAGAAAAUAAGAACCUGUGUCAAAUUUUAGGCUAAACAAGUUCUUGUAUAGAGGGCCUAACCGGCAAAUUUUAGCCUAACAGACUUUUAUAAACUAGGUUCUUACUUGUGGUUUCUAUUGCAUUGAUCGUGUCUAAUUUUCAGGCAGUUGCUGCUGAUUUUAAGAAUGAGAGUGCAGUUUCUUUAGUAAAAGCAGUUAACAAGCACCUUCAGGAGGCAAAUGAAAGAAAGAGCAAAGGAGAUGUUAAUUGGUGAGAAUAUGAAACUGAUUGUCAUAAAUCUACAUUAAUUAUUUGUUCCUCAGGGUUUCUUUGCGCCCAUCAUCGACCAUCGAUUUGGCGAACAUAACGCCGUUGGUAACCCUGUGACACAGUAGCGGUCGGCUACGUGUUAUUCCUGUGAUUCUCUGGCGCCCUUUAUUCCAUCUCUAUACCUGCUUACACAACAGAAUUCCUGUCCCUUUUCAGGUGGAAGAUACACGAGUCCUGUAUGCUCGCUAUGGGAUGCAUUAAAUCCCUUAUCAUUGACAAAGUCUCCAAUGGCAAAGUGCCCAUAGACAUGACGUCAUUCCUCACUCAGGUUGUGUUAGUGGAUCUGCAGCUAGAAUCAGGUGAGCCAGUGAGCAGUCAGUACAGCGGUGUGCAACUGAAGUCAUUUUAGCUAUAAACUUAUUAUCAUUCGAAGCAAAUUUUUCUUUCCUUUCAUUGGCCAAGAGCCCACCACGUGACCUUCUAAUAACUUUCUACGAACAAUGGUCUGCUCAUGCGAAAUGGCUUUCAACUGUGUUUGGCUUUUGUUUGGCUUCAAAUAAUAUUCUGCUCAUGCGUAAAAGAAACCACGCUUUUCUCCUUCUUGCGAUCGCUCUUGUGUGAAAAUGGCAGUUAGCUUCGCUUCCCGAGGAUAUUCAUUAAAAAACAAACUCGGUGACCGAAUAAUAAAACAAUUAUUGAACUCGGUUAUCGCAAAUAUCGUGAUUUGCCACUGUCUCGCAGAUCAAUUAUUUUCAUCAGCCUUCGGCUUUGGCAAAUAAUUGAUCUGCUCGCCACUAACAGGUCACGAUAUUUUGCUCAACCUCGUCCAAUAAUUGUUAAAUAUCAUGUGACUGUCUUCAAGAUCUGGCCUUGGUCUGCCGACGUGUAAUUUCCCUAUACCAACUAGAACUUUCUCUUUUUCUUAAAUUAAUAGCCGGGAAGUCGUGUCCUAAAUUACGCGUGCUGCUGACCAGUAAGAGUUACAGACUCACCUCAUGUUAAGUAAUCCAAGACAGUCUUGGAUUCUGGAUUCAAAUCAGUUCGACGGCCGCGAAAUCCUGAAACUAGUAUUAAAGAUGGGGUUGAAGGAACGGAACACGAAUUUUCGUUUCGAACAUUUUGUAAAUGGUGAACAACCUUCAAUACAAGUGAAAUAACUUCCAAAUGCAAAAUAUUUGGUUCUUUUAUGUUAUACUUUAAUAAUAAUGGCGAGCUUUUUUAACGCUACAUCGCCCCCAAUAAUAAUAAUCAUAAUUAAAAAUUUAUAACGCGCCUUUUCCAUGCAAAUAUGAUGAAAUGAAUGGGCGUUUUUCCGAACAUCGUUCCGGUUAAUCCAGCUCCCUCAAUACGCCAGAUGUAGGUGGAUUUUUGUGGAGUUGAAUUCUUUGAGACCGCACACAAGUUAAGAUAGAGAAAGAAAAAUCUUCGUCGUCGUGUGGUUAGUCCUCCACAAAACUUUGCAUUACAAAAUAGGAAGCUGUAGCAACGGCGACAACAGCCAAAUCGUCGCUAUUAAAAAGACUUUGCUUUUUUCAAACUUUGUCGCGACUAUUAUUACUCGCUUAAAAUACCAAAUGUAGGUAAAUGUUACUGGAACUGAAUUCUUGGGGAACUAACCCAAGUUUAAGACGAAAAAGAAAACUUGGUUGUCUUUUGUUUACAUCCUCUAUAAAUCGUCGCUCGUGGGAAUUUCAUGUCGUGGGCGUGCAGUGCAGUGAUGGCAAAGAAAUGUACAGAAAAGUGUGCUGCACGUGCAGAGUUGUUGUUUUGCUAAUUUAAGCGUAUUGCUUUUUUGACGUUCUUGUUGCCGUCGCCGUCGGCACAUCUUAAAUUCCCUAACAUCUCCUUAAUGUCUCGUCCUGGUCGUGCAGAGAACAUCAAAGAAAUGUACCAAAAACUGUGAGACACGUGCAUUUGGAGCUAGGAGUAAAUUUCUUAUGUAGAUUUGUUCUGGUCCUUUCAGUGUCGCCAUUCCUAAUUGGCCAAGCUUUGUGGGUGGCAAGUCGUUUCACUCCUCUCAUGACUCAGCAACUUCUAGCAAGGUGAGUGGAGUGCGUCGAGUUCCCUCCAGGGGUACUGAACAGAAUUUUAUGCGGGGAGGCUCCGCCCCGAGAUUCAACUCCUUAUAUUACCCUUUUAUAUACCAUUUGUGACAGAAAAGGUUACCCCUUUUGAAUACCGUUUGUUGACAAAUGGUACCCCUUUUACAUACUUAUGUACUUAAGGUGAUGUUACACCAAACGAUGUUAGCGUGCCAACGUUGCUGCGACAUUGUUUCAAAUGGUUACAACAUUGUUCCAACAUUCCAACGCUGUGUUGCGCUAAAAAUCGUCGUUGCGAAUUGUCCCGUGUAACAUCACCUUUAUACCUUUUAAAUAUGAAUAAGUCGAUAAACCAGAAUGACAGAUUUCCCUACCCUUUCACAUACUUGAAGCCUGAAAAGGGUACCCUUACGGGCGGAGCCUCCUCGUAUAGGCCAUUCUAGGGAGUACCCCCUGUGCCCCCUUCAGAUAUGCCCUUUCCUCCUGCUGCUCCACUUCCACAGUUUCUUUUGCGACAACAUUCACCGACACCAGGAAAAGAAUACAAACGGACGUAGCCUGAGUAAACACCCCUCUUAAGACGAACGUAUAAGCAAGGUUUAUAGCCCUUGUUCUUACUUUCCUAAAUUUUUGCUGAGCACGAGAUGUAAACUACAAACUGUCGAAAGAAACGCGUUUUAUUGACAAAAUCAUCACUCUCCAGUUUUACCCAUUCUUACUUCUAUCUGGCUUUAUUAUAUUCCUCUUGUGUUCGUCUUCAGUCUGAAGUAAUUAUUUUGAUAUUUCAGUCCACUUUGUGAUUAUUUGGUAGUUGCCUAAAUUGCCAAAAACUUGCACGACCACGCCCCUUUAACACUCGAAACAACAGCUCUUGAAUUUGCUGUUCAGAUAACCUUAUCAACUUUCUCUUUGAAACAAAUUUUCGCUUACUGGAGAGUCCCGUCUUCUUUCUUUUCAUUUCAGUUUUAUUGAAGCAUCGGUGACGGGCCUUCAAUCCACGCAAGUCCCUGCAAUCAGAAUAUCGGCUGUCCGAGCUGUAUACGAGUAAGUGAGUACCGUAAGUGGUAGGUCUGUGCUUUUAGACAAAUGAGUCUUUGUAGAUUGGGGUUUUGUAAAGUAAGGAUAAAGUAGAACUUUCCUUUAGAAAUGUUUUUUAAAGGGACUGAAUUGUCACAACGGGUUUUUAUCGAAAAGAAAAUACUGAACGUUUCAAAUCGUCUUUCACUAUGAUUUACAGUCGACUCCCGAUAACUCGAACCUUCAAGGGAAAUCGAAAAAAGAUUCGAGUUAUCGGGACUGAGUUCGAAGAAAAGAGCCGAUCGAGAGUAAGGUAAAAAGCAGUUUUUACUGCACAGUGAACAUUUUAAUCACAUUUAAUUGUAGAAAUGUCAAGUGAAAAUUAAAAGCUACUUCUAGAUUAUAAAUAAGAACGUAACGUAAAAAAACAUAGCCUUAAUUUACUGUUUUGAGAAGAAAAGCUGCUUCACGUUAGCCUGUGACAAUCAACAUCAGCCUCCACCAGUAAACUAUACUCCUACAACACGUCAAUAGGAAAUCCAAAAUUCAAUGUUUCGGACGCCCGUAGACGGCUUUUUUCCCUACUUUUUAAGGGCUCAAAACAUGGUUCGAGUUAUCGAAGGUUAAAUUAUAUAGAAAAUGACCUGAGGGGAAACGAAAAUUGGUUCGAGUUAGCGGGAGUUCGAGUUAUCGAGGGUUCGAGUUACCGAGGGUAAAAUUACUGUGAAUGUAUGACGUAAAUCCAGGGGAAAUCGAUUUUGGUUCGAGUUAGCGCGAGGUUUGAGUUAGCGAGGGUUCGAGUUAUCGGGAGUCGACUGUAAUAUGAUGAUGGUGAUGGUGAUGGUGAUGAUGAUGAUGAUGAUGACGACGACGACGACGACAACGAGAGUUAUCCGAGUAUUAAAAAUGACUGAAAAGUGGGGUUAAAUCCAAGAGAAAUGAAAUGAAAGCAGGACUUGGCGGGAUUCUACUGUAUGUUUGUUUCUUGAUUGCAGAUUUUGUGCACAUCUAAAGGUCUCAGAAAACACUCAGAUUCUUGCUCCAUUUCUGCCCAAGAUCAUGGAUGGUUUACUCACCUUGGCAACACAGUCAACUGAUGACGUUCUCGCGCUGGUUUUAGAAUCUCUUAGGAUUGUUAUGUCGGUGAGUGUUGUUCUUGCUUGUCAAGGGACGAGAGAAGCGGGAAACAGAUAGUCUGGGUAUACUAUUCGGGUUGGCUAGCAGGCGCGAAUCGACACCGGUUUCCACAGUUUUACGGAAACCGGUCAGAUUUUUCAUGAUAAAUAUAUUUUUAAUUAAACAAAAAAGUUUCCAAGAUGAAAUCUGUCCAGUGGUUUUGCAGAUAGUAAAUAUCCUGUGUGAAUGACUCAGAAGACUUAUGGGCGUUGAAAUCCCAAAACAUGUUCCGGGUAAGACAAAAAAGUUGUCGAUACCCCCCACCCUUGCACCUUUUCCUUCCCACUUUCACAGUCAAGUCUAAACCAAAGCCUUGACAACAUUGUUAAACACAAACAACGAACACUUCCUGUACAGUGACUAAAUCACAGUACAAAUUGUUUGCGCUCAAAUCUCAAUGUCAGAUAAUCAUUCCUCUUAUCCAAAACAGGGACGUAAGAACAAUAACCCUAGUCUUGUUCAGUCAGGCUGCAAAGAAAGCCAGUUUUACAGCCUGCCAUUCGGGCAAGCUGUAGCCAGUAUGUACUAGCCCACAAGUCAUUUCAACUAGCCCUAAAACCCUUUUGAUUAGCAGGAUUGAUUACAAUCCUUCUGUAAUUUGAAAUUCCCAAAAAACAGCACUUGCCCGUCGGGCAAGUUAAGAACAAAAACCACUGGCCAGAUAGCAAAAUCCACUAGCCCGGGCUAUCGGACACGACUUUCUUUGCACGCUGUCAGUCUUUCUUUCUUUUUGGUACUUGCACUGCGUUUCGCUAAAUUGACUGAGUCCUCCUUCAUUUGAGGGCUCUUCUUCAUUAAUCUCUUUGCUCGCUACAUCAAACGUAUUCAGAAAACUAUUUUCUGUGGUUUGUCUGCAGGUUAAUAAGGAAUUUACAACGUCUUGUGAAGCAAGAAUAACACCGUUAACCAUAGCGCUUUUUAUCAAGUAUGCCCAUGGUUAGUGUCUACAAGAAAGAAUUGUAUUUAGAGCUUAAUGGUGCUUAGCCCGCGGGCAAGCUCUUCAUUUGGUUGAUAUUGUGAGAAGUCGCGCGCUAGCGGCACGCGAGAGGAGACACGAGAGCUUGAAAGGAGAGCCGCCUCUCGCGACUCCUCGCGUAGCUCGCGUCGCUCACGAGUCGAAAUGGAGAGCUCGCUCGCAAAAUAAAUGGUGUAGAAAGUCGGUGGCUUAAGGCCUGUUCUCUUUUCGCUUUUUUCCCCUUUUAGAUGUUGCUCUUAUACCGUUAAUAGAAGACUUGUUUAAGGAACUUGCGAUGAUUGAAUCUUGCAAUAAGGUAAGGUGUUUGCGGCAAUAUAAGCCUGUGUUGAGGUACUAGAAUACGUGGAACUAGUUGAAUCACUAUCAGCAACUUUUAGUUAGGAAAAUAUAUCGGACAUUUCACAGUUCCAAACCCUUUACUGUGAAAAUGACUUUUAUUUGCGUGAGUAUCAAAAGAAUCGUUUUUAUAUCAAAGGCCUCGUACCUGCCCUCGUUUUGAAGCAGAGCCUUGAAGCAAUUCCUCUGCUUGUAUUUUAUCGCAAAUCCUCUUCUCUGAUUGGCUGAAGUAAAUGCGACCUUUCAGCUCAUAGUGGCAAGUAGAGACAAUUCAUACCUAAAUAAAAGUCACUAGAAAGCGCUCUUAAUUAUACGUCCAAUAGAGUAGUAAGAGUAGUAGAAUUUUAAGGCAAUUAGAAGUUCAAUCUUUAUUGUAUUUGCUUGAAAAACUGAGUCGUGAACUAUCGUUGGAUUGAAGCAACAGCAACGCUCUGAUAGGCAUUUUGUCAACGAGAUGAUAAAAAGAGAAUGAAGUUUAAACGCGUCGUCCCUUCUAGUGCCUUGCGAGAGCGUCACUUCAACCAUAGCCUGCGAGCAAGGGCGAGUGAAACGAGUCUCGCGAGAACGCGCGAGCGAGCGGCCAAGCUGCGAGGGGCACGCGAGGCUCGCUUCGCUUGCCCAAAUAGGAGAACUUGCUCGCAGGUUACUUCAGCCAAUGAAUGAUUUGCGCUUUUCAACGUCUCUUUUCAGCUUUUAAUGGAGAGGUUUCUUCCGACAUUAGUCAGUAUAUUCCAAGCACCACCAGAAAAGACCCCUUUGGGAAUCAACGCUGUGAGUAUUUGAGCACUUGAUAACACGUAGGUAAGGUAAAGGCACACACGAGCCAAAAGCCCGAACGGUCGGAGCUUAUACCGGUUUCCGUAGCAUGAAGCAUGCCUAGGAGUAUUGCUACUUCCCCCUGGACGGGAUAUUGGUCCAGGGUUAGCCCCCAGCAGUGUGUCGCCGGUACCCAUUUAUACACGUGGGUGAAGAGAGACAAAGUGGAGUAAAGUUCCUUGUCUAAGGAAUCAACGCGACGGGCGAGGCUUGAAACCCGGACCUCCAGAUCCAGUUUUCGAGGUGUUAACCGCUCGGCCAUACACGCCUCCUUGAUAACACGUAAGAUCAGAGAAACACCGAAAAGCCGAAAUGGGGCUUGGGUUUGCAAAAUUGGAGAAGACUACAACAGAUUUCAUUUCAUACCCUAGAAACGUUGGCACGAAUCAUUUUUGUUUGUUAUGCGGCUGUAGGAGAUCAUAAUUAGAAAUAAGGAUUCCUCACCCCUUUAGGAGCGUCUGAUUAACUUACAAUGCGUUAUCUGAAAAGGAAAAGAUAGAUCUGAUAGGUCCUACAAAUUUGAUCGAAUUACAGAGUUCGUUGCAGGGGACACCUUCAAAUUGACGACAAAAUAAGUUGAGACACUUCGCUUUAAAGGGCCUUCCUGAAAUUUUGCCGUGACUUCAAAAGGGGAAAAUAAAGCUUUCCCUCCCCUACCCCCUCCAUGCAAUGUUGUGUCACUGUUCGAGCUAUCUGUAGGAAACACCAAACAACCCAACUUUGAAUGGAGAGGAUGGGAGAGGGGUGUGGAUUGUUUUGUUGUCCGAAGUUACCCCAUUUGUGGACAAUGUAUCAACAAUUUUAUCCCCGAUUGUAGCUUCGAGGACGCGCAUACUUGGGUAUGGAAUUUCGUCUUUUUGUGCGUUACAAGUAUAACCAAUUGUUUAUUUAAGCUUAGUGGUUACAUUUCUGCGUUAUAGCGGCGUAAAGUGGGUUUAUAUGAAAGCUAGCCGGUGAAAACAGCCCACAAUUCGCGACGCCAAAGCACGUUUCCCCGAGAAAUGACGUCUGAGAAACCAUCGCAGAAAUUUCGUGCUGAUGACGUGUCACUAUCCUGAUUGGUCAUGCCGCUGCGCGGGAAAUUUGCUUCAACCAAUCAGAAGCACUAUUCUGCUCCGGUUAGUGACCCGUCAUCACUUUGGAAUUUCUGCUUUCGUCUCCUUAGAAGUCAUUUCGCGUGAAAACCUGUGAUUUCGACGUGAAAUGUCGGAUGUUUCUCAGGCAACUUAAAAGCAUGAAGGCUGCAAAUCGUUGCACGACUGAAAAUGUGUGUUUCACGGGUAGAUGUUUUGUUUUUUGUCCUAUCUGAACUCUCGUUUUUGUCCUAUAGAUCUGUAUGGACAUUCUCGGCUACAUCAUCCAGUGUACUCAACCUCCUCUCUCUGAACCACUGUUAAACACCGUAUUUCCAGUAGUGAUAAACACGAUUCUCGCCUCAGAUGAUAACGCACUCUUGCAGGUAUAUUAUAUCUCAUUCCAGACUGUUAAGGGCCAGUUAUUUAAACGUAGUUUAGCCAAUGUUUAACAAAACAGCGUUCUAAGCCAUUUUCAAUUUGCCCGACGGUUCUAUCUCCACACCAUUUAUUGUGAACAGUUUUAUGAAAGCAUACAGAGUACACAAGAAAAGUAUUUAUCUUCUUAAAUUAACCCCAUAAGGAAGAGAUGUUGAGGUCCAAAGAUUUGUGAAACCGCGGCUUAAGUUAGACUUCGUUUAAAUAAUCGACACUUAUAGUCUGCGGUACUUUUCAGGGGGCGCCUUUAGGGACAAUUUCACGUUUGUUAAUACUUCGUUAACGAUGAUGAUGAUGAUGAUGAUGAUGGUUGACAUAUAAAUUACACAUACCAUCUAAUCAACCCACUUAUUCUUAAGGUAACAGUGCAGAGCGAAGUUGUAAGAAUGGGCGAUUGCAAUUGAUAUCCUUACCCCUGCUUGAGGACUUCACUUUUCUUCUUACCAUUGAAGAAGUCCAUAAAAUUGCAUUCACCCCUGAAGACUUCCAGAAAAUAUGGGUCUACCCCCGAAGAGUGUUGGUUUACCCCUGAAGAAUUUCGUGAAAAAGGUGUUUUUUCCUUGUUCUCCACUGAAGAAUUCCAUAUUCUUUGUUUCUGCCUCAAACGAAAUCCUCCAUAAACUUACAUUUACCCCUGAAGAAUUCCAUCGGUCUUCAACCGGGGGGCGCGAGGCGAGGCGGGGGAGCGGGCAGCGUGCAAAGAAAGUAGUGUCUGGUAGCCCGGGGCUAGUCGGGUUAGUGAAUUCUGUUCUUAACGUGAAGUAUCUUGAGGAAUUCAACUUACAGAAGAACUGUGAAAUCAAUUCUUCUCAUCAUAAAAAUUUGGGGGCUGGUUGAAAUGACGUUUGCGUUAGUAAAUGCUAGCUUCAGCUUGUCCGAAUGGCAAGCUGUAAAAAAUGACUUUCUUUGCACCCUGGCGGGUAUUAAAUGCAAUAGGCCAAUGAUAGUUUCAGGGAGAAGUCUGUCGCAGUUUGCCCUGGCGAAUCGUUUAUUCCAAUGUGGUAUUAAAUUGAUAUUUUUUCGUGUUUUUGUUCCUUUCUUGUUUUUAUGAAAGAGUGGUGGUCAAUGCCUGCGAGCGUUUGUCUACGUUUCUCCUGAACAAAUUAUUGCUUGGUGAGUAGCUUUGCUAAUGCUUCCUUAGUUCUUUGUUAUGGACUGUUUAAGUUUGUGGGGAGAGUGGCCGAGUCUUGGUCAGCGCUUCGUACUCGCAAUCAGGCGCCGGAUCACGAGUUCGAAAAGUUUACGUGUGAGAAGUGCUAGAAAAACUGCUCUAGUUUUUACAAUGUAAAAACCAAGCGUGCGUUACAAGACGAUAUUUUACAAUGACAAAACUACGUUUGGUGACCAGGUGCGCUCAGAGACCGUCAGACGGCGUUCAUUGAGUUCAACAAAGAAUUGUAAGCAUACCCACAUAAAGAACGCACGAUUUUCGGCAUUCAAUACUCUGGUUCUGUUCGGUAGGAUUCGGAAGAAGUUCGGAGUUAUGAUCCUGCCGCCACCCAGCGGCAAAUGGCGCAGGCGCUGUAGAGUCCGAUUGUAAGUUUGUUUCUUAUGCUCGUUCCCAUAGCUCACUUGCGUCUGUCUACUUUAGUUUUAGCGUGGAUUUCUGGGAACGAGGUUAGUUUAUGGCGGAAUGAUGAAGAAGAACGCUUGAUAGACUUACACUAGGGCGUAAAUCACCACAUUGCUUACCAUAUUAACUCAACAUGUGUCUUUUUAAAAAAAUUUUCAUUUUCUCAUAAUUUCUUUCAGGCACGACGCUCAAGGUAACAGCGCCAUUUCUUACAUUGUCCGAGCCACGUCACAUCUUCUAGAUCCCAGGGGUUCGGAGUUCUCAGCAUCGUUUGUCGGUAGACUGGUGACUACGCUUAUUAAGAAGGUCAGUGAAACCAUUAUUUAUCUUGGAACCUAGGCACUGUUGCAUGAAGUAACUAAAGAUUAAGCGCGCGGAAUUUUCUGCGACGAUUUCCUGUCUUCCACGAAAUUACAGAUAACUCGGCUAAAGGUGGAUUAGCUCAUAGGAUGAUAUUUACAACAAAUUAUCAACCAGUGAAAUAAACAGCAGACAAACAAAAACUCCUUCGGAACACAGGGGAAAGUUGAAAUUGCAUAAAUUGCUAUUACAAUUGCGACGAUUAUAUCCUCUUUUAUAUAAUGGCCGCCGUUCGUUAAGAAAUGAAAUCUCUAGUGGGGUUCCUCAGGGUUCUAUCCUCGGACCUCUAUUUUUCUUACUGUACAUUCAAUGCUUCUAGUGUAUUAUGUCUGAUGCUGUUCGCCGACGAUACCAAUGUAUUCAUGUCACAUAAAGAUCCGAACUGUCUUUUAGAUAUGUUAAACUUGGAGAUGGACAAACUGUCAAUCUGGUUUAAAGCAAACAAGCUUUCUCUGAAUCUUAAUAAGACUAAAUUUAUGGUCUUCAAACCAAGACAAAAACGUACAAUUUGUAAUAUUCAAAUAAGUAUAAAAACGUUUAGCAAAGAUCGUUCAAUAAAUCUUCCGCAGUUCAAAACGUAAGUCAAUUGAUAUAUUUCCAUUCAAAUAAAAAAACUGAGCCUUUACUAUGUUCUUUUGGGACAGAUUGGUAGUAAUCUUGGAGAAAACCUUGAUCUGUUGCUAAGAGCUGUCCUCAGCAAACUACAAAAAGCCGAAACCUUGAGCAUAAUUCAGGUAACUGUGUACACUCUGGCUUGCCGCGACUAUCUUUUCGCUACUUGCAGGCCAUUCUUGUGCUAGCUGCGUAAAAAUGAAGUGUAAAUAAAGUUUAUAGGUUAACCGACAAUAAGUGAUGUUUAAUGUCAUUUAACAUUGAACAUUAACAUUUGUCAUUGAACCAACAACAUACUCGACUCGGUACUGGGAUUCGAGGCAGAGCCACGCGGGUGGAAGGCGACUUUCUCACCACUGCGUCAUCUUUUCUACCCCAUUGUUUUCUUUUAUAAUAAAUCACUCCUACGCAGAGGCCUCCUUGUGUUGUGGGGAGGCUGGGGAGAAAAAAAGAAAGCGCACGGGGCACGAUGGGAAGGGGAAAGAAAGAAGAGAGGCCUCCUCGCCUUUUCCCUCUUCCCAUCGUCCCCCGCGCGCUUUCUAUUUUUCGAUUAUUGCUAUUUUUAUGGGGAUACCGAGCGGGAGCCUCUGCAGAGGAGAGAGAAGCAGUAAUAGGUUCGAUGUUAAUAGAAAGCUUACUCGUGGCGUUUACUAAAAACACCUGCUGCGGAGACUUCCUUGCGAUCAGAUUUUUCUUGCCAGUUUCGAUAUGAGUUGCCGCGUUCAAGGCAAACAGCCGUUUCAUUUUGUCUUUUAUGCCAAUAAGGCGGUAAAAUGAAAACGAGUUAACAAAAGGAGCAAAACAGGCAGGGAGAAGUAGUGGAGGAUAUGGUGGAGGAUUUAGACACCCAAGACCCUUGCGACAUUCCUGGUCUUUCCAAUUACCUUCAAUAACUGGCGCGAAAACGAGGGUACCUCUAUGUCUGCUUGCACGUCACAUGACGCGAGAUCAAUGAUUUGAUUGGACUAUGGGGUAAUGAAACAACCAACCAGUUUCUGAAGCCAGUUUCUGAAGCCUAACGCUUUUUCCCUUUUUAUUUCACAGUCGCUUGUGCUUUCCUUUCUCCAUCUGAUGAACACUCAGCUUCAGAUGACCCUGGAUUUCUUAAGCAGCGUUCCUGACCCGACGGGAAAAUCCGCUCUGGAAUAUGUCAUCAAAAUUUGGUGCGCGAGACAACCAGAGUUCUUUGGAGUGUACGAUAGUAAAGUGAGGUAAAUGAUGGAUUAUGUCUUAAGCCUUGCUCACACGUGCGACGCUAAUGCAAACGCAAAAGCAAGAAAAUACACGUGUGAACUACUUCAACGCAAAUGUUAACACAAACGUAAGCGCCAAAGCAAGAAAUGGAAAAAGUUUCAAUUUCGUUCGCUUUCAUUUGCGCUUGCGUUUGCAUUUCACACAUGUGAACCGAGGAAACGCAAACGCAAAUGCAAACGCAGGGAUAAUAAAAAAACAGGCUCCAUCGGUGCCAUGCCACCACGGCGCAUUGAGGUUAAAAGCGAGAUGGCUUCUUCCAUUUUAGACGAGAAAUUAGCAGAUAGUAUAAGGAAAUAUACGGUGCUUUAUGAUAAACGUUGUGCAGAUAAAUUGAAGAAAACUCUUGCCUGAAAAGAUUUUGCAAAAGAACCAAGGGACAAAAAAACCGUAUGUAUUACGAUAAAAAAUAUAAACAGUAAAUACAAUCAGGUAAACUGAAUACCGUAUAAGCGAAUAUUUUCUGUUGCAUUGAAUAGGUACUUUUUUCGUCCCUUAAGCACUCUGAGGCUAAGCUUUACUCUUGACCGCCAUCUUGGAAAAAGUUUGACUGUCCUUGACUGCGCCUGAGUAUUUUGCCUUCCUUGCGUUUGAUUUUGACGUAUGAAAGUCGUUGGCUCUUGUGUGUGAACCAGGCUUUAAGGCUGUUCACAGUUCUUGCCCAAUGACGGUACUCACUGGACAGUAAUGUGAACACACCCUUUUUUAUUAUCCACACCAUAAUUGGGGUACGUCAUCAGAGUCCGGGUACAAAGUCGAGAGCUUGUGCACAGGCACCUAAGUGGGCACUGGGUUCCGGUUGAGCGCUACAGGUCUCGUUCCUUACGUAUCCGUAUUUUUUUUAGU